AUCACAGCAACCGAAGCUGCAAGCCUGCAACACACUGAACAUUGGAUCUGCUACUGCUGCUGUUUUAUGGUUUUCACAAAGCGUUGUCUACAGAGAAUGGAUUCGACUACAUUCACCAUGGAAGCUCAGUAUAUUAAGAAUCUGCAGCAACAAAUCUAUUUCCUUGAAAUGGAGGCCAGCUUUCUUCGUGGGCAGACUAAAAAGGCCAAAGUACUUUCACCACAACUCACCAUGGAGGCAGAGCACCUUCUCAGGACAUUGAUGGACCUUCGAUCAGAGGGUGAAGGAUUGAAGCUUGAAGUGAAACGUAAAGAUGCAAAUUCACUAAUGCUGCAGCGCGAUCUAGAACAUGUGAAAGGGCAGAUCAGAGAAGCUGAAGCUUCUCAUUCUAAAGAAAAAAAACAGUUGCUGGAGGAGAUUGUUCAAAUGAAGAAGACAAAAGAGCUCACUAACAGACAGAUUGCACAUAAGGAGAUGGAAAUACUGCACAGCAAACAGGAGCUUGACCGAGAGAUUCUCAGCUUAGCCAACACUAACCAAAAAGUGCAAGUUCUUCAGACACAGCUAAAGCAAAGAUUGGAAAAUCAGAAAGAGGUGGAAAACCAGCUGUCACAGAAGAGAAUUGAGCUGCUGAAGGCAAAUUCAGCCAGGCAUGAAAUGGAGGAUAAACUGAUUAAACACACAGCAACAGCCAACAACCAACUGACACUUGAUUUAAGGAAUGAAAUAAGCUUCCUUCACCAGCAGCUUAGAGAGAAAGAUCUGCAGUCUGAACAGGACCGUGUUCUGCGAAAGAAAAUGAUGGAUGACUGUGCAUCCCUUAAUAGUGAAAAUAGUGUAUUGCAGGCUCAGUUAUUGGAAAUUAUCAAGCAACUGGAAAUGCAGAGACAACUGAAAGAAGAGAAUUAUACUCAUAACUCUUCUAGUGUUGCUCAGCUUCUAAGUGUCAAGGACAGAGAAGGGCAGCUGAGCAAGGAGCUAAAGUGGCAGGAGGCUCUUCUGUUACAAGAGAAGGAACAUUUAAAAGAUCUGAUGGAGCAGAUUAACUUGCUCCUGAGUGGCAACACACUUCAAGAUCUAAAUACAAAUACUAUGAGUAGUCAGAUUGCUGAGCUGAAAGCUGUUUUGGCCAAAGAAGAGGAAAUCAACACAGAAUUAUGGAGAGACAAGACCUUGCUAGUUGACCAUGUUAGUCAGCUGCAAAAUCAGAUAGAAAACAAAAAGACUGAGUUACUCCACAUUUCAUCAAGAAUAGAAGAGCUAGAUAAGCGAUUGUCCACUGUGAAAUCUGAGGAAUCUCUGCAUCGAUCUCUGCAGUCCAUCAGGUGGAGGGAGAUCUCAGACUUGGCUGGUUCAAUGAAAAAAACUCUCCAAGUCUUUAACUGA